ACACUCUGUAAAUAAAUAUUCAAAAACAUUUAACCUACUGAUGCCUCAAUUAAUGUAAUUUUAUUGGGAUCUAUUCUUAUUUUGAAAUUUACCAGUAGCUGCUGCAUUUCCCACCCUAGGCUUAUACUUGAGUCAAUAAGUUUUCCCAGUUUUUUUGUGGUAAAAUUAGGUGCCUCGGCUUAUAUUCGGGUCGGCUUAUACUACAGUAUAUACGGUAGGUUUAUUUUUGAUUCUAGUGAUUGUAAUAAAACUCCUUUCAUAUUUUUAUUUUCCCUAAUCCUAUAUGUAAAUUCUAUGGUUUCAUUCAAUAGUGGAAACCAUUCAGAACAGAUGUUUUGUCCUACAAUUCUUGCUAAUGGUGAUUUAUAAAGGGCCGUUAUAGCCUUAUGCAUCCACCCAUCUAUGCCUAUUCUUUUUAAAGUCAGACUCAAAUAUUCCCAGCCGACCCUGUCAAAGGCCUUCUCUGCAUCCACUACAGGGUCAGCAUGUGAAGGCGACUUCUACUUACUAGAUUCAAAAUAUUCAAAAUCUUUCUAGAGUUUAUAUUAGCUGUUCUAUUUGGAAUAAACCCAACCUGAUCAGGAUGUAUAAUAUUGUCCAUGACCUUUUUAAGUCUGUGUGCCAGUAUUGAUGCAUAUAACUUCAGGUCAUUAUUCAAAAGUGAGAUGGGCCUAUAAUUUUCCAUUUUAGUAGGACACUUGUCCUGCUUCAAUAUUGGUAUUACAUUGGCUCUUAUUAAUUCCUUUGGAAAUGUUCCCGUUUGUGUUGCUUCAUUAAACAUUCCUACCAAAUGAGGAAAAAGUCACUACAUUUCUUAUAUAAAAGACCAGUAUAUCCAUCUGGUCCCGGAUUUUAUUUUUCCAAUCUAUGUGUUGCCCUAGCUAAUAUCUCUUCUGUAAUGCUCUUAUUUAAAUUUUUUGUUUGAGUUUUGGGAGUGUACUAGCCUGAAGAUAUUUUUCUAUUAAUUCUUUAUCUCCAUUUUUUAAGUUAUAUAAUGAGCUAUAAAAGGAUUUAAAAGCUUGUGCUAUUAAAGUUGGAUUUUAUAUUGUGUUUUUUUUAUAUAAUUUUUGAAAUUCGACUAUCAGCAUUUUGUUUUGUUUUUUAGUCUAUUUGAAAGGAGUCUGUUCGUCUUAUUAUUAUUGUUAUAAUAGCUAAUUUUUAAUUUAGACAUGUUAAUCACAAUCUUUUCUGAGUUUUAGAUUUAUUUUUUCUUGUAUUUUAAUUAGAUCAGAUAAUUUAUCAUAAGAGGGAUUCAUUUUCUUUUCUUUAGAUACCAUAAAAUUUAAUAUAUAGUUCAGAGAGCGAGAAACCACUUUUUAAAAAGUAAAAUAAAAUAGCCCCUUAUUACUGAUUUUAAAUGUUCACCAAUUAUUGGUCCAUUAUGUAUCCUCUGGUUUAUUAGUUUCAAAUAAAUGUUUAAUCAAUUUAGCCACUAUUUCUUUGCGUUUUUUUUUUUUUUUAAUUGAAAAUCAUAAUUUCCAGAUCGAUCUUUUGCCUUUUCCAUAUUCAUCCUUAAAUUCCUGAUAUACUAUAUUUUAUAAUCCGACCAUGAAUUAUCUUUAAAGGACCACUAUAGUGCCAGGAAAACAUACUCGUUUUUCCUGGCACCAUCGUGCCCCUGGACCUGGCACCCAGACCACUUCAUUAAGCUGAAGUGGUCUGGGUGCCUAUAGUGGUCCUUUAUUCCAGGUUUUGCUAAUUUGUCCUAAUACAGAAUUGUCCCCUAGGAACAGAUCUAUCGUAGAGUAGGAAAGGUGAACAGGAGAAAGAUGGGUAUAUUCAGUUUCUGUUGGAUGAGUGAUUCUCCAUAGGUCAAAAAGAUCAUAUUUACAAUUCGUUCUAUUUAAAUUUUUUGCUUGUUUAAUUGCUCUUGGAUCUAGUAUUGUAUUUGAUAGAAUCUUUUUUUUUAAUCUUCAUAAGCAUCCAUUACACAAUUAAAAUAUCCACCUAUGAUACAAAGACCCAUCUUAAUCUCUUCUUUCUUCCAAAAUUUCUGUAAGAUGCAUACUGGUGCAGAGUUUGGAAGGUAUAUAUUUGUUAAAGUAUGCAUCACUUCAUUAAUCUUACAUAUUCGUAUUGGAUAUUGUCCCAUGUGAUCUGAAUAUUGAUAAAUAAUUUCAACUUUUAAAUAUUGUGAGAAUAGUAUUACAAUCCCAUUUUGUUUAUCUGGAUUUGAAGCACUAAAUAAUAAAGGGAAAUGUGUACCUCCUUUUGUCAAAAAGUUUUGAACUAUGGAUCUCUUUUGUGGGGAGUUUAACCCCUUAAGGACACACAUGUGUGACAUGUCAUGAUUCCCUUUUAUUCCAGAAGUUUGGUCCUUAAGGGGUUAAUCCCUGUACAUUGAUCGAUGCUACCAAUCCACCGUGACCCUCCAUGCGACAAUACAAAGACAUAAUACAACAAAACAAACAUGUAUUUACACCUCUCCAUAGAGAUGAGUGGGGGCUAAAAACAGUCCAUAAGGAAAAAGGAACUCUGCACCCUUUGCUGGUUCCAUCCAAACAAAAUUUAAAUAACCCAAUUUCAUUAUACAGUCAUUUAUAGUGAUGUUCAGAGGUAAGUAGGGGGAGCAUUCUUACUGCUUAACAUUUGAUACCUAUUUAACAUGUCUGUCUCUUCCAAUUUCAUCUAGUCUAGUUUUACGCUCUUAAAUACAUUCCUUUAACCCAGAUUUACUUUAAGCAUAGGAAAAAAAAAAAAUUCAAAUAAUUAAAGGAGCACUAUAGGGUCAGGAUCACAAGCAUGUAUUCCUGACCCUAUAGGGUUAAAACCCCCAUCUAGUCCCCCUCAUGCCUCCCUAAGAAUAGUAAAACUUACUUGUAUUCAAGUCUGCAGGUGCAUAUUUUGUCCCUGUUUCCUUUUAGACCUGCCCACUGCCUGCUGACAUCAGCAGAAGUGGUAGCCUGAUCCAUUCACAAUGCUUCUCCAUAGGAUUGGCUGAGACUGACAAAGAGGCAGAUCAGGGGCAGAGCCAGCACAAUUCAAACAGCCCUGGCCAAUCAGCAUCUCCUCAUAGAGAUGAAUUGAAUCAGUUAAUCUCUAUGAAGAAAGUUCAGUGUCUGCAUGCAGAGGGUGCAGACACUGAAUGUUUGGAUGCAUUUUAGGCAGCCGUGACCCAGGAAGGAUCUCUAACAGCUAUCUGAGGAGUGGCCAGUGAAGAUAUCACUAAGCUGUAAAGUAAACCAUGCAUUUUCUCUGGGGAAAAAAAGCUAAUGAUUCUACUCACCAGAACAAAUUCAAUAAGCUGUAGUUGUUCUGGAGACUAUAGUAUCCCUUUAAGUAACUAAAUGAUUAAAUGCCCCUUGCAUCCAUCCUCCCAGAUGUACUUCCUCAAAGUGGGAUGAAGGGGAAGAAGAGCGAGAGGGGACAUUCCAAAAAUAGUCAAACCUUCCUCAUUUAGCAAUUGCAAAUUAUCAGUGCAGUAUAGUACAAUAACAAUGUUACUCUACUUAUUUAUUUAAAUACAUUGCCACUCUUAUAUGAUUAUUAAUAUUUUUCCCUCUCUUCCUUUCCCUUUUCUCUUCCUCUCUACCAUCUAAAGUGUUUGUGCUUUAUCAAUCACAUAUCAUUGACAGUUUAUUACAGUGACAUUUGUAUAUCCUCAGAAAUUAGUGUAUUCUUAAAAAUUGGUGUCCUCCCACCAUCACUCACCCCCCCUACCCCUGCCUCUCAGCACCUCACUUCGCGAGGGAGAGCGGAAAGAGAGGGCAUACCACAUUCCCCAUUAAAUGACAACACAUUAUCAGUACAAUAUAAUUUCAUAACACCAUAUAUUGGAAAUUAAGUGCAUUGCCACUCUUAAAUCUUUAAUUACUUAUCUUUUUUAUUUAUUUUUUUUUCUUCUCUUUCUCCUCUCUCUUUCCUGUGUCAAUUUUAUAUUUUCAAAAUUUUUAUAUUCCCCCCCCCUAAAAAAAGUGUCGAAGUGUAAUUAUUUAUUCUGGUGUUUUAAUAAUAUCUAUUCCACCUUUACAACUCUUAGUGUUUGUGUUUUACCAAUUGUGACUUAUUAAUUUAUUUAUUACAGUAUAACUUUUAUAUCCAGUGGCACUAAAUUAAUUUCUCAGGUUUUAUCCAUCUGUCAAGACUUUGUUCUGUUUCAAUAUUGGGAUUUUUGCAGUAAAAGUGUUACGCCAUCUUCUUGUUUGAUAGGAGAGAUCUUACAAUAUUAUAAUGUUCUUAAAUUCUGAGCUUUUUGUUGGGUGCUCUCUAUACACUUUUAAUAAUUUCUAUUUAAAGGAGUGGACCAAAAACUUCACCAUUACAUCUCUUGGUUUUGAUUCAUCUAUAUCUUUAGAUUUUUAUAAACUGUAUAUUCUCUCAAUUUUUGAUUCAAACAUAUCUGUGUGACGUAAGAUCUUUUUAAGAAAUUUACAACAAAGGCCUCUAAAUUGUUGGAUUCAAUUUCAUCUGGCAUAUAUCGUAUCCUUAUAUUCAAUCGUCUUAAUCUGUUUUCUAAAUAAUUUAUUUUUAGAUCCAUAUUUUUAACUCUCAACUCUAACUGUAAUAUCUUUUCUGCAGCUUUUUAAUGAUUUUGCUCAAAGGUAUUGAUUUUCUCUUCCAGUGUGGUUAAUCUGUCUGCUACUUUGUUAAUUUCCGGUUUGAUUUCUUUGGAGUUUUUUGUUAAUCUCAAGCAUUAAUGUUUGCAAUUGAAUUUCCAGAUUUUGCUUUAUGAAUUCUUUUAAAAUUUCUUGAGUUUUUUUACCCUCUUUAUCUUCUCUGGUCAACAUUAUAGAUAUUUCAGAUGUAUUGGAUGAAUUUUUGGUAUGAAUUUCAGGAAAAAAGGCCCGAUUCUUUUCUCCAAUAUAUUUGAGCUUUAACAUUUUUCACUUCCUUUUUCCUUUCAGUUGAUUUUUUUUUUUUUUUUUUUGCCAUUAUUGGGUUUCUCCUCUGUUUCCUCUCUUUUCCCUUCACUUUUUUUUUUUUUUUGACCUUUAUCUCCAUAUUUUUUUCUCUCCUUUUUAUCUAUUUAUCUUCCUUUCCUUGUUUUGUUUUCUUUCAGUGUAGUAUGAUUCCUUUAAAUUUGAUCCUUUUUACAGCAAAGGAGUUAAAAAAAACACCACCAAAAAAAUAAAAAAAGAGAAAAACAAUACAAAAGAUAGCAAAGGAGUAACAGUAAGGGGAUAUAUCCUCGGUUUAUAGAACCUUUCUUUUCUUUUAUUUUCCUUUUUUUUUUUUCUUCUCUAUAAUUUUUCUAUUACUCCGUUUCCUACUUUCUAAUCUCAAACCUGAUUGAGAGAUAAGAGGGGCCCCUCAAUUCUCAGCAAGUAUAAGAAGCAGAUCCCCCUUUGUAAUCAUCAAGGGAGAACAUGGUAUAACGGAUCAUCUGGCACCCCGACUGGGUACCUCCGCCAACACAUGCUUCCUAGCUGACACGGAGGACCGUAAGUACCGCACCGUACACCAGACUCCACUACUGCCGUAGCUUAGCUGGGAUCUCGCCGUCUUCCUCCCAACCUGGACCACCCUCUGAUAUCCAGGACCGUGUGGGAAAGACCUCUCCUACUCCAGAGAGCAUAGCAGGAACAGCUCUUUUAAGAGCUAGUGAUUAGCACCCAGGGCAGUAUACAGAGUAUAGCAAUUCCUAGUGUGAAUAUAGCAGUAUAGCCAUUCCCCUCCAAUCACGACACGAGGCUACGUGUUGGGGGUUAAGCAGGAACUCUCCUUUAAUGGUGCCACACUGACCUUUUAUGACAAUCCCCAAGCAAGGUGUAUUCCCACAUGGACCUUGUUGGGGACUGGGACACAAACGUAUACACCAAUCACAAUAGAGUUACAAUCUAAGGAACUCCCCCACAUAAUACAAUAAGCCUUCCCCUUUACUUAGGAGAUGAUUGAGUCAAGUACUAUAUUAAACUCCAUUAUCUCCAAACACAAAAAACACCAAUUUUUACAAAACCCUUAAAACACACAAACUCACCACAAAUAUUACAUCCCCUGAUAGCCCUGAUCUGGGUGACCAACAUAUCAAAAAAUCACCCAGAUCAGUUCAGGGGUUCAUAAAUAUUAUGGAAGUCAUGUAUUUGACCGACUGCAGGAAUGGUCCCAUGCCCAAAACUUUUCCAGAGAAUCAAGGUUUUUGGCUGGUCUAGUUCGGUAGUUUGCAAACUAACAAACUACGGGACAGUCAAGUCUUACCCUGGAGCUUGUUCCCUUCGUCCAGACGAUUGAUCUCAUCGAACAGUACCCUUCUAAGCUUAAUAGAAAUGAGCACAGACGACGAUGGAAGUCCAGCGGUGUUUGGGAGUUUAGAUUUCAGUUCCCUGAGAUUCAUGCCCAAACACCACUGUCUGCGUUCAUGCGAACAAGAUGGCCGCCACCUCAUGGCUGUUCAUAGGAAUCGCGGCCACCCAGACGAACAAUUAGAACACUGCGGUGAGAAACGUUCCAAGUUGUUAAUAGGUGUUAACAAGUUCCAGGGUGGUCUCUGUUUGUGCAGUUGUUAGGUAAACUAACAAUAUAAUCCCAAUUGCACGAACAGAGCCUGUUUGAAGUAUUUUAGCCAGAUUUAUUGCAGGGGCCAUAGUCACAGGGUAAAAGGCUGGCAAGUAGUCCCGUCCAAACCUCAGUGGCGAAGUGGCUUUCACCACACGUGGUGUUCACUACUCACUCCAAUGUGGUACAAUACCACAUUGCCAGAUAGCCAGCCAUUCCCUCUCUGCCAUUUCACAAGCACCCUCCGUUCAAGCCUGAUCUCUGAUUCUCAGGUCUCUGCUUGCAGUCAAGCCUCUGCCCACUUUCUCCCCAUCAGUCUCUCCCAGAUCAGGGUGAAACACGAGGGUCCCUUCUUUCUCUGAUCUGGCACAAAAUCGCAGCUCUGGAGAGCCAGCCGUCGCUGACCUCCUGUCUCCCGCUGCCCGAGCCCAGGCUUCUGUCCUCCUCUCACCGCCCACAACCGGGUUUCUGUCUUCAUCUCUCUCAAACGGUCUCACUCAGUUAGCCUUUUCGCUGUACGGCAUUCUCAGUUCGGCUUCUCCCUUAUCCUGCUCCAUCUCCUCCCACCUGUCAGCGUGAUGACCUUACGUCAUGAUGCUGUGCCAGAUCAGAGGAAGGAGUGACCCUCGUGUUCCCCCUGAGCUGAGAGAGACUGACUGGGAGAAACUGGGCAAAGGCUUUACUGCAAGCAGAGACCGGAGAAUUGGAGCUCAGGCUUGAACGGAGGGUGCAUGUGGGAUUGCAGACAGGCAACCGCUGGCCAUCUGGUGAUGUGGUAUUGUACCACACUGGAGUGAGUAGUGAACCCCAUGGUCUCCUUUUUUGAUUUCAAAGGGGACUUGCUUAUUAUAUGUGCUGAGUAAAGCAGUGAGUGUAUUUUAGCGAAUCUACCCUCUUUGAGCAAAUUAUUUAACUACAAUCAAUUUACUUCACUCUACAUCUAUAGCUAUCCAACUGACUAUUGGAAAUCGAAGCUCAUAGGAAAUCAAUAUUAAAAUACAUUUCUAGCAGCUGUUACUUAUCGAUUUUAUUAAUUUAUUUUCCCUUUUUUAAACUUGAAAUUCUGGUUGAUAAAAGGAAUGAGUUGAAGAAGGAAAGUAGGUAAAAGGAAAAAGCGUUAGCUAGAGAUAUUACCCUCUUCCUGUUUGAUAAAAACAUCUAUCAACACAUAUUAUUCUCGCAAGAAUAAAGGGAAACAAAUGGAGCCUAGAAGCUCUCUGGGAAAUAUAGAAACAAAACAGGCUGUCACUGCGAUCAGUAUUUACUGUGUGUCUGCCGGUUUCAAAUCGGCUGACACACAUGUCCGGCUUUCUCCUGUGCAGAUCGCGGUCGGGGACAUACCUGGCCCUCCAGGCAGUCCCCCUGGGAUCAGUGACCACGAUCUGCACUGUCUGAGAUCGCAGUGACAGCCUGUCACUGCGAUCUCAGAGUGAUUUGAUCGCAGUGACAGCCUGCCACUGCGAUCAGUGUUACAUGUGUCAGUCUAAUGGCUGAUACAUGUAACAGGCGCAAUGGGGGAGUGCUUGUACCACCCAGGCACUCCCCCUUUGGUCAAUUACCCACUCUGCAGGAGAUGAUCAAAGUGACAGCCAGUCACUGUGAUCACUGAUCCUGUGUGUCAGCCAGUGAUGUGAAAUCACUGGCUGACACUCUCUGCCCCUUUCCUGUAAUAAAAAUAAAAUAUUAGUUAUAAAAAAAAAUUAGUUACAAAUAAAAUACUUAGAUCAUAUAUAUUUUAUAUAUGAUCUGUGUGUGUGUGUGUGUGUGUGUAUGUAUGUAUAUAUAUAUAUAUAUAUAUAUAUAUAUAUAUAUAUAUAUAUAUAUAUAUAUAUAUAUAUAUAUAUCAAAUAUACACAGUCAUACUAAGUGUAUAUAUAUAUAUAUAUAUAUAUAUAUAUAUAUAUAUAUAUAUAUAUAUAUAAAUAAAAAUAUGAAAACUUGUAAAAAAAAAAAAUACUUUCAAAUUUAAGGAAGAAAUCAUUUAAGAUGAUUUCCAAUAUUAAUGCAAUAGAUUAUAAAAAAGAGCAAAAGGGGAAGGGAGAAGGAACAAAGGAAAGAAAGAGAAUUGGUAUUUACAAAUAUUAUACACUAUAGGGUGGACAAAAUGUAAAUAAAGGUUUCUGCACUAAUACACAGAGGUAUUAGAGUGAGAAUUCGAAAAGCACUAAUACAGUAGAAUAGUACAAAACGUAAAUAGAAAUUUAAUUUAUAAUAAAGAGACACUAAACAAUAUGAGGUGAUUAAUAGAGACAUAAAUGUUUUUUUUUAUUUUUUUUUCUCCCUUCUGUCUUUCCAGUAUCUGAGUGGAAAAUAGAAAGAAGUUCAAUAGUUAUAAUUUUUAAAAUAUUCUUAGGAAGCACUGUGACAAACUGCCAUUUGCCACUGGCUUUCUAUGUGCCAAACUGCUCUGCUCCCCUGGCUUAUGGAGAAGCCUGCUUACCAGCCUCUUGCCACAUGACUAUGGCCCUGGGGUGUAUGGCCCUUUAAAACCAUUUCUUGGUCUCUUGGACUUUUAUUUGGACUAGUGCUGGCCCUUUAAAAACAGUGUAUGGACAUAUUGAAACUUUUGGGACACUUUUUCUGCCCCUUUGAAUCAAUGGGAAGGUGUGCCUCAUCCCCCUCCCCCUGUCCCAUUGUUCUCCAGCAGGGCGUUGUUCCAGAGACACUGCCAAACCAGUUGGAACUGGCUGCUUUGUUCCCUUCUCUGUCAAAAUAUGACUUCCACCUAUCUCCUGAACCACUUAACCGGUUCAAGUGAAUUUUGGAUAUGCUUGUCCCCAAAUUAUGCUGGUUAUAAAAAUAUAAGUUUUAUUGAUUAUCGCAUGUAAACUCACAAACUUACAAAAAUGGCAUAAAAGUAUGUUUCUUUAGCUUGGUGAUUGAGUUGAUACAGUAAUUAACUCAAUUAUCUCCUAAGCAGAGGGGAGGAUUCUCAUUGUAAAAAGUGGGUGUGCUUAUCCAUGUGCCUUUAUUUUAUUGGUUGUUACAUUUACAGUUCCAGUGCCCCACAAGGUCCACGUGGGUGGUAACCUUGCUGGGAAACUUGCAUAUAAACUGGAAUAAACGCUCAAAAUGUAGCCUCGUCUCGUUAUUGGAGGGAACUGCUAUAAUCACACAGUGGAUUGCUAUGCUCUGCAUAGUCCCUUGAGCUUUAAUCACUUAGCUCUUUUAAGAGCUCGUUCCUGAUACGCUCUCCUGGAGGAGAGGUCUUCCCCACACGGUCCUGGAGGACAGCGGCCGAUCCAGGGUGGACAGAAGACGACGAGACUCCAGUUAAGCAACGGCAGUUGUGGAGUCUGCGGUGGUUGUGGUGUCCAGUGCGGUGCUUGUGGUCCUCGGCUAGGAAGUGUCCAACGGAAGGUACUCGGUUUGAGUAAGGGUAGUUCCGUUACAAGCACGAUUAGUAGUAAAGAUUAAUAGGAACUGUAACGGAUCCCCUAUACUCUAGCUGAGUAUAUCCGUGCAGAAUCUCCCGAAAUCCAAGUGUAGCAGAAGGUGUAGUGAAUUACAGCUCCCAAUCCCCCAAACAUGAGCCAAGACUUCAUGAAGGGGUAAAAUGAUCUGUUUAAUGAUUUCCACAGCUUGGCCUUUUAUACAGGUCCUCCAGCAAGGGUUACUCCCACAUGGACCUUGUGGAGGACUGGGGCACAAUUUACAGUAACCAAUCAACAUACAGUACAAUGUGAUACACUCCCACAAACUGUAAAAUGCCUCCUCUCUAUCCUGGAGAUAAUUGGGUUAAGUGGCCAUAGUAAACUUAAUUAUCUCCAGGUACAGAAAAUAUUUCCAAAUUAUAAAUGUAACAAAACACAUUAAAAUACAUAACUCCUCUUUCACAUAACUGAACCCCCAUAUUCGACAUAUCCCCAGAUAGCUUGGAUCUGAGCGCUCAAUAUAUCCGAAAAGCGCUCAGAUCCUAUGAACACAGUCAAAUCGCCAUGGAGCUAGAGUUUUCACCGACCGUUCGGCAUACAUCUGUCUAGAAUAAGCUCUUAGCUAUCAGGGUCGGUCUAGUUCAUGAGUUUUUAAUGUACUGAACGACGCUGUGUUCGUAUGAACAGAAACUAAGGGAUGGAAGUUUGGAAGUCCCAGCGGUGUUCGUGUGAAAGAGUGACCGAAAACAGUUCCAUGCGGUCGAUGACAAAACUGCACUGGGCGUUCGACAGUUUAAGAUGGCCGCCGCCACGUGUUCGUUCAUACGAACGGCGACCACCCAGCCGUUCGUCUAUUAAGCUGCGGUUAACCACAGCUUCUGGGAGGUUAACAGGCUGCACACUCCACUUGCGGGUGGUCCGCCUGUUCGUCGGUUUGUUCGGUAAACGAAAUAAGAGGGAAUAAAUAGUGCUAAAUGCACAAACAGCAUACGAAAAGGGCACUGGUAUCCAUAAAACAGGGGUUUUGUCACAGGAACUGUAUUAUAAAAACAUUCCCUGAUAGGGAAUGUAUUAAUAUAAGAUGACCAAGAUUUUUAAUUUGAUUGGAAACAGAUUAUAGGAUAAGGUAAAAUCCUUACUAUACUUUGAGAAAGGACUAACUAAGGUCAGUGGCACAUAUUUUGAGGUGAACGUUAUCUUCCUCCUCAUUGUUUUUUUUUUUUUUUGGUAGAUUUAAAAGGUUUUUGGUUGGCUGAGGGGAAAAGUAGAGAGAAUUAGAAUAGAAUUAAAAGAAAUCACGAUAAAACCAUGUAUUUAAUAUUCUGAAUACAAAUAGGAAUAAGAGGUCCUACACGUACCAUGAGGUCGCCUUUGAGAUUUCUUGAUACAGUGUAUAUAUCACUUGGUUAUUUAGGAAAAAAUCCACCCUUAUGGUGGACCCAAAACCACUAAUAUGUAAAUAAUGCCAAGAACUUACAUAUAUUUCUGAAAGUGCAAACAGAGCACCUUGGGCUAGAUCUGUACGUCAAAAAAGAUGUUCCCCCUACUAAUCUACAUAGGUUAAUACAGACAAAGACAACAGUCAGAAACAUAGAAACAUAGAAUGUGACGGCAGAUAAGAACCAUUCGGUCCAUCUAGUCUGCCCAAAAUCUGCAAAUCUACAUAGGUUAAUACAGACAAAGACAACAGUCAGAAAACAGUCAGAAACAUAGAAACAUAGAAACAUAGAAUGUGACGGCAGAUAAGAACCAUUCGGUCCAUCUAGUCUGCCCAAAAUCUGCAAAAAAAAGGGGCCUGCUGACUAAGCAGUGAGUUGGUAAAAGGAUUUCAAAAUAAAGUCCACUCACAUAUAGCCUGAGUGUUAGCAUUAUUGAACAUAGUGUUAUAAUGAAUAUUGUCCAGUAAAAUGUCUAUAGAUAAAGAGUUUGUGAGGUACAGUUCCGCAAAGUCUAUUCGCAAUAAUGUUACAGCUAACACGAUGCACUGCUGUUAUAGAGGAGUAACAGAAACUGUAUUGUAUCAAAAGCUGUUAUAAUAUAACCAGAAUGUGGUAUUAGGAAGUCUGAUACAGGAAUACCUGUUUCCCAAAGUAUGAUGAUAUAACAGUCACUCUUGGAUCACAGACACAUAUCUAUAGUGAUAGGAUCUUCUCUGUGAUCUGCAAUAUAGAACAAACAGUCCUAGUGCUCUCCAUUUAGAAUGUAGAAAUUUAUUGUAAAACAAAAUAAAAUACCCUCACAAAAGUGCAUUGGAGUGGAGCAAAUAUAGGGUCCUUAGGAAUCUACAGAAUUUAGUGAAUUAAACCUACUUCCUGCCAGCUGGGAGGUCUCGAUGUUAGGGAAAAGAUAAAUUAACCUUUGCGUGCGUUCCACUGGGAUUCAGUAUCUAGAUGCUCGUGCGGCUUUUCUGUGGAUUUUUUCCUAAAUAACCAAGUGAUAUAUACACUGUAUCAAGCAAUCUCACAGACGACCUAGUACGUGUAGGAUCUCUUAUUCCUAUUUGUAUCCGUUUAUUUUUGAAGUCUUUAUGGGGGCUUUUUUUUACUAGUAGAGAUCUGUGUGAUAGCCCACUAUUCAACUGGAUAGAACCCCAAAGAACAAAUCUCUGUCCAUUAUCCAAUUUUUUUUUCCCCCACUCUAACAGGCCAGACUAGUCUGUCCAUCUUCGCUUUACUGAAUAUUCUGAGUCUUAGAGGCAAUAAUUAAGGAUAGUUUAUUUUAUUUAUAUAUAUAAUUAUUUUUAUUUAUUUUUUUACUCUUUCCCCUCCUCCUGUCUGAUAAAUUCUUUGGUUAAUCCAGAGUAAUAAAUAAGGAGAGAUAUUAAGGACAGAAGAGUUUCAGAUUGAUUUGAAGAUUUUCCUCUUCCUUCUCUCUCUCUCCCUGAAAGUACUCCAAAUCCUGCGGUAGUCACAGGAAAAACCAGGCAGGAUGGAUAGACCUUUUUUUUUUUUAUUAUUAUUUGUUUUAUUAGUCGAAUGAAUGGUGUUUUAUCUGAGUCCAAGACGAAACAAAGUGUGAAUGGACACAGGGAAAGUAUUGGAAAGUAAAACAAGGGGGUCGGAAAUGGCAUAAUCAAACUAUACAUAUGUCUUUGAUAUUUCUUGCCAUCAAUACAAAGGGCCUGAAUUCUACAUACAAAAGGGGAUGUUUGUAUAAUUUAAUGCAAGAGCAGAAUAUCAAUGUGGCCUUUAUCCAGGAGACACACUGGAUUGAGGAUCCUAAACAGUUGUGGAAAUUUACUAGAUUUCCAAUGAUUAUCUCAGCAAAGUUCAAAAAGUAAAAGAAAAAGAGGGGCUUCAAAAAAAAAAAAAUUUCGGGUAAACUUAAAGUUGAAUUAUUAUACCAAGAUAAUGAUCCAAAUGGGCAUUACCAGGUAGUUGUAGUAAAUAUUAACAUUAGUAAAUAUUAACAUACCCUGAUAAAUUUAUAUUUUCCAAACCAAGCAACCUUUAACUUUAUUGACAGCCUAUAUUCUAAAUUGGAAAAGUUUGUUGUGGGCUCCUUGAUAAUGGGAGGAGAUUUUAAUAGUAUAGUUGAACCUAAAUUGGACAAGAAUAACACAAAGAAAAAUAAUGUAUCCUUGGACACUAAUUUUACUAAACUCCAGAGUUUUCUAUGGCAAAAUGAGUUAUAUGAUUUGGAGGGUUUUUAAUCCAUCAAAAAGGGAUUAUAGCUUCUAUUGGAGCCCCCACCAAUCAUACUCCCUUAAUUGAUCUAUUUUUGACUAGAAAUCAGUCAUUGCCUCUAAUAAAAAUUAAUAUUGACCCAAUAACAUGGUCAGCCCAUGCUCCUUUAAUUAUGGAGAUAAACAUUAUUGAAUAUAAAUUUAGAUCCAUAUGGCGAUUAAAUGAAACAAUAAAAACACACAUUUUGAAGGAGGCACAAAAAGCUAUAGAAAUUAAUGACAGUGGAGCGGUAACGGACUUAACACUUUGGCCAAUGUUCAAAUGUAUAAUGAGAGACCUAUGUAUUAAAAGAGAAGCUCAUAAAAAAAAAACAAAAAAAAAACAAACUGAUAACCUUCAACAGCUUUAUGUAACAUUGUCAAAUUUAGAGAAUAAACCUAACAACAAUGUGGAUGAUAAAAUACUUAAUGAAAUAAGACAACAGAUUAAUGAUAAAAUAUUUUUGUUAAUAUUUUCAAAUAAUUUAAGACUAAAACAGAAUUGUUAUUACAAUAAUAACAGAAUAGGUAAAUCUUUAACAAAUUCAAAUGGAAAGCUGAAAUUAUCAAAAUAAUUAUAGUAAAAGAUGAGACAUUUUUAUCUCCUCAAAGGCAUUUAGAGAUUACUACAAUCUAUACAAUUAAAAAAAAAACAAAAAAAACAUUUCAAGCCAUUAAAUUAUUUCCUUUCUUCAGAAGUUGAAAUUACCAAAGAUCAGUGAGGAAGACCUAGAAGUAUUAAAUCAGCCAAUCUCAAUAGAAGAGGUAACAGAAGUUACAAGAACACAAAUCUUAAACUAAAUAAGGCACCAGGUCCAGAUGGAUAUACUGCUAUUUUCUUUCAAAAACUUCAACCCAUAGUAGCUCCCUUGCUUUUUGAGUUUUUUUUUUCUAUUUUUCCAACAAUGCAUAAAUUACCUGAAGAAGCCUUACAAGCCUUUAUUCUCCCAAUUCCAAAAGAAGGCAAGGAUUUAACUAUAACUUCUAACUAUAGACUGAUUUCUCUAAUAAACCUUGAUGUUAAAAUGUAUUCAAAGAUACUUGCAAAUAGAUUAAAGCAGGUAAUAUGGUAUUUAAUACACUGAGAUAAAUCUGGGCUCGUCAGGGCCAAAGGUGCUCCAGAUAAUAUACGUAAACUCCUUAAUCUCAUCCAUGGAGUCGAUCGGAAAAAUAUCAAAGCAACCAAAAAGGCCUUUUGAUAGGGUGAAUUGGAAGUUUAUGCAUCUUGUCAUACAAAAAAUUUGUUUGGUGGGUUUAUUUAGAGAUAGUAAUCAAAAUACUGUACUCCAACCCAUCUGCAAAAGUAAUUGGCCCAGGGACGAUGUGGGAAAACGUUAAUAUCACAAAUGGAACUUGACAAGGCUGCCCUUUAGCACCAAUGCUCUAUAUUAUGACACUAGAACCUUUAGCAGCCUUAAUCAGACACUCAACAGAGGUACAGGGAAUUAAAAUCGGUUCGGUUGAACAUAAAUUUACCUUGUUUGCAGAUGACGCCCUACUGACCCUGAUGAAUCCCUAAGGAUCUAUCCCAGCUGUAAUUGAAACAGUAGCCGAAUAUAGCAAAUCUUGUAAUUAUGAGGUUAAUAUUGAUAAUACAAUUUAUGUCCUUUGGCUUACACUCUAAGGAAAUUAUUUAUUUCAGAUCAUUAUAUACAGUGCCUUGCAAAAGUAUUCACCCCCUUGCCAUUUUUUGUGUUUUGUUGCCUCACAACCUGGAAUUAACAUGGAUUGUUUGAGGAUUUGCAUCAUUUAAUUUACAGAACAUGCCCACAACUUUGAAUAUUUUGUAGAGCCACCUUUUGCAGCAAUCACCGCUCCAAGUCGCUUUGGAUAAUUCUCUGAGCUUGCCCCAUCUUACAACUGGGAUUUUUGCUCAUUCCUCCUUGCUCCAGCUCCUUCAAGUUGUAUAGUUUGCGCUUGUGAACAGAAAGCCAUCACACUAGCAGAUCCCAUUAAGUCAUUGGAACAUUUAAUGGUAGAGUUUACUGAAUAUUCUGAAGCUUCUAAUUUUAAGAUUAACAUAGAGAAAUCAAUUAUUAUGGGCUGUAAUUUAACAGAGAUUAAAAAAAAAUGCAAUUAAAACCAAAUAUGGCUUUGUAUGGUCUAAAAAAGUAAUAAACUAUCUAGGAGUGAAGAUGGCAAAAAAAUUAAAAUCAAAUUUGUAUGGAAACACAUUUUUUGAAAUUAUUAAAAGCCACAAAUCAUACCCUGAAAGACUGGAAAAAUGUGUAAGUAUCGUGGAUAGGCAGAGCAAAUAUCAUUAACUCAUAUCCAUAACCAAAAUGGCUAUAUUUAUUUCAAAUGUUCCCUCUCAAAUUUCCAGAUAGUUGGUUGAAGAUUAUUCAAAUGAGUUUUAAUCCAUAUAUUUGGAAGGGGAAACAACCAAGAUGAAAUCUUCCAUUGCUUUCUAGAAAAAAAGAGAAAGGUUGUCUAAAUGUCCCUAAUAUUAAGUAUAGCUAUUUUGCAAGUACAGAUAAAUAUAUUCUCUUCAGCUGGAGACUGAACUUAACAAAAACUUGUAUGUGAUGGAAAUGAAUAGUCUGAAUUAAUCUAAUGUAUUUCAAAUAAUAUGGAAUAUUUAUCAUACACCCCUACUUCAUAUUGAAAAUUAUAUUUUAAGACUUGAGAUUUGGGAUUCUGUUACGUUCUAGAUCUUAAGGUAAAUAUUUUUAGCUUUAUGCCAUUGGAGGAAAUUUGGAAAAUGUUGUCUUAACAAACUGGAAAAGAUAUUACAACUAUAGACCACCUAAAAGAAAAUACUAAAAAUCAGUUUUUAGAUUUAACAAAAGUUUUUAAUCUCACUUCAUCUGAGCUUUUUACCUACCUAAAUGUAAAGUAUAGAUUGAUGCAACAUUUAAGGUUUAGUAAAACAGGAAUAAAUUAGGAUUUAUGGGGCAUGUUUAACCAAAAUAAAGUUUAUAACGUUCUCUCCAAAGCAUGGAGUAUGAUAAAAAUAAAUAAAAAUGAGGAUUAAAUUAAUGCUUUAGUAAAAUGGGAAAACAAAUUAAAUAUUCAAAUUACAUAUAUAGAAUGGUAUAAAUCAUUACUAGAGACAAGGAAAGCUAUCCAUGGUAUAAGCUUGCAGGAGACUCAAUAUAAACAUAUCAACAAGUGGUAUCUGGUACCUUCAAGGAUAGCUAGAAUGUUUACUUUGUCAAGUGAUUUUUUUUUCUGGAGGUGUGAAAAGAGUAGAGGUUCAUACAUACAUAUUUGGUGGAGCUGUACUGAAAUAAAGAAGCAAUGGGAAAAGAUUUUUGUUCUUAUAUAUAAAAUGAUAGACUAUAGUCUUAGAAUUGUGCCAGAGGUAGCCUUAUUACAUUUGAGACGGCCUAAGUUCAAAAAGAAGGAAAGAAAUUGCAUUAUACAUUGUUUUGUAGCUUUUAAAAUUCUAAUGACCAGAAACUGAAAAACUAAAAACGUCCCAAUAUGGAAAAAUAUAAUAAAUAAGUUAUUUCAAUCCUGAAUGAAUUUGGCAAUUAAUAAACACUCAAAAUAUAUCAAUGAACAAGACAAUGUAGAGAUGAAAGAUCUGUUUAAGAAAUUACAGCCUACAGAUCAGGUAAGUGAGGGUUGGGGGAGCAGCCUACAGAUCAGGUAAGUGAGGGUUGGGGGGGGCAGCCUACAGAUCACGUAAGUGAGGGAUGAGGGGGCAGCCUACAGAUCCGGUAAGUAAGGGAUUGGGGCAGCCUACUGAUCAGAAAGGAGAAGGAAGGGACAUUAAAGGAACACUAUAGGGUCAGGAACACAAACAUAUAUUACUGACCCUAUAGUGCAAAACCCACCAUUUUUGUGGCUUGGCUCCCCCGCCCUCCUUAUGGCCCACUUAAAUAUAAAUAAAACUCACCUUAUUUCCAGUGCAGCGCGGGUCUGCCGGCGCUGGCCCUGCCCCGCAUUUUAAUCAAUGCAUCUCUAUGAGGAAAUUCAGCGUCUCAAUGCAGAGCGGUAUUGCUGCCUACUGUGCAGCACUGAGCCAGGAGGCACCUCCAGUGGCCAUCUGAGGAGUGGCCACUUGGAGGUUUCCCUAGGGGGCAAUGUAAACACUCUUUCCUCUGAAAAGCCAGUGUUUGCAUGAAAAUGCAUGAAGGUAAUGAUUAUACUCACCAGAACAACUACAUUAAGCUGUAAGUUCUGGUGACUAUAGUGUCCCCUUAAGGAGCACAAAGGGACAGAAAGUGUCAGCAAGGAGCUGGAAGGGGCAGAAGAAGCACAAAGGUAAAGGAGCAGAAAUAAUUAGUAGGAGCACAAUGGUAAAGUAGGAGAAAGGGCUGCAAAGAGCCCAGCGGGGCAGCAAGAAGCAGAAAGAAACAGAAGGAGCACAAAGGUAAAGUAUGAGAAGGCGCAUAAAGAGUCAGCAAGGAGCUGGAAGGGGCAGAAGGAGCAGAAAGGAACAAAAUGAGCAGGAAGGGUCUGCAAGUAGCAGGAAGGGACAUCAAGGAGCGGAAAGGGUCAGUAAUGAGCUGGAAGAGUCAGAAGGAGCACAGAGGUAAAGUAGGAGAAGGAGAAGAAGGCAACAGAAAUAAGCAGAAAGGAACAGAAGGAGCACAAAGGUAAAGGAGCAGAAAUAAUCCAAAGGAGCACAAAGGUAAUGUAGGAGAAGGAGCAGAAAUGGACAGAAGGAGCAGCAAGGAGUAGAAAUGGACAGAAGGAGCACAAAGGUAAAGUAUGAGAAGGCGCAUAAAGAGUCAGCAAGGGGCAGAAGGAGCAGGAAAGGUCUGCAAGUAGCAGGAAGGGUCUGCAAGGGGCAGAAGGAGCACAAGGGUAAAGUAGGAGAAUGAGCAGGAAGGGUCAUAAGGAGCAGAAGGAAGCAAAAGUAGCAGAAAGGUGAAGGAGCCAAGGAGAAGAGAACACAGUGUCAUAAUUGACUUUGCCAAAUGAAGGAGAAGAGAAGAAGAUUGCUCCAAGGACAAGUGAUGUGAUCCCUCUGCUUAAUUCUGGACACUCCAUCACAAGGCUUUGGUCCCUGGGCCUGGCAGGAAAACUUUGGACCUUCUCAUCUCCCCAGGUAAAAACCCAUAUCAGUGUUAAUGUGUUCACUUUCAUUUACGGAGUGUCAGGAAGCACAGAGUGCCACUAGUAGGGGUGCAGCAGAUUGGUAGCUGGCACUCUAAGCCAAUACCUAGAUCCCCAUUCAUAAAAAAGUAAAACUUUUUUUUUUAUAAGCUGGGAACUAGCGAUUGGCUUAGAGCAUCAGCUGACCACUCUAGCCAAUCAGCGGCACCCAUGCCUGACGUGAAACUGCACUUCCUGACACUCUCUUUCAAAAGCCGAAAACCACUGAGCGAUCUGGAGCAGGAGGAAACCUUUGGGCUUAAACCAUGUGAGAGUAGUUUAACCCAUUAAAGGAAAGAGAGUGCCCAGGGGCCUCCUUGCAUCAUAGCAGUUUCAUUUAGAUGAAGUUGUUAUGGUAACCAGAAUGUUCCUUUAAUUUGCUUAAAGGAACACUAUAGUGUCAGGAAUACAAAAAAAAUUCCUGCUGACGCCCAUGCGCCGAUCCACUGUGAGACACACGUAAUGCUAUAUAUGUUAUUUGAUAAAUGUUUGUACUUAUAUGCCUGAUAUAUGUUUAAUUUAUAGUCCUAAUCUAAUUGAAAUGAACUGAAUUGUUGAAUUGUAUGUUAUUUGUACAUGUCAUAUAAAGAAAACAAUUUAAUAAACAGAAUAAAAAAAAGUAAAAAGCCAGCAGGUUCCCACUAUCUAAGAUAAUCAUUUUUGUCAUCCUUGGGGCCCAUACUUGAGAUGUAGAGGAUAUCAAGGGCUCCACAUCUAGAUUACCCUUUUGAUUAUGGUAAAUCUUACUUAUAUUCAUUAAACAAAACCAGGAGUUUAAAACACUGAGAACAGGCAAAAGAUCAAGCCGUUUACCUUUUUAGUAAGAUUCCAUUCAGGUCAGAGACCCUACUUGAGGAAAGUGUCAAUAAAACCUAUCACUUGGCAGAAGGGCACAGCGUCAUGACGUAAGGUCGUCACGCUGACAGGCGGGAGGAGGUGGAGCAGGAUAAGGAAGAGGCCGAACUGAGAAUGCCGUGUGGCGAAAAGGCUAAGUGAGACAGUUUGAGAGAUAUGUAAACAGAGCAACGAAAACAGAAACCCGGUUGUGGGCAGUGAGAGGACAGGAGCCUGGGCUUGGGCAGCGGGAGUGCGUGAGACUGGAGGUCAGCGAUGGCUGGCUCUCCAGUGCUGCGAUUUUGUGCCAGAUCAGAGGAAAGCCUUAUACAAUGCUUUCCUAUGGGGAAAAUCUGACGCUGGAGGACCAUGAGGACGUCAGCGUCAGAUAAUGGACCAAAAGUUUUAGAUUCUGGAAUACCUCUAUUGGCUGUUAGCCACAGAUGGCAGACUUAGAGCUGCAAUAUAAACAUUGUAGUUCUCUGGAACUGCAAUGUUUUACAUUGCAGCACUAAGUGCUAAAGGGUCACAGACUACUACAAUUAGCUGACAUGGUCUGGUUGCCUACAGUGUCCCUUUAAAUUGAAAUGUUUUUCUGGCAUUAUUGAAUCAUUCGGAAAGAUUAUGCAGUGUGGGCUAUAAUCUAAAGGCUAUGAUGAGUACUUUAAAAAAGAGCAGGGGAAAAUUUGAAAGUAAUAUCCUUUGAGAGAAUUUGGCAGAAAAAAAAAGUAAUGUUUAAUUAGGGAAGAUUCCAAUGAUCUGGAAAGGAAUAGUAUAAAGUAAACAAAAGUUAGGGUGGCUGUUACAGUGUUUCGUUAAAAUAGAGGUUAUAGCUCCAGUUGCAUAUAGUGAGGCUGGGUGGAAUAAAGAGGUAACAGAAUAAUUUAUGUACUACUGGGAGGGGUAGGGUAGGAGAUAAAAACAACCAUGCAAUGUCAAAAAAUGAAUUUUGCCAAACAGAUUCUACUUUACAAAAAAGUAAUUUACUUCUACCGUAAAUACAAAAAAAACCCAGUAUAUAGAGUGUAACGGAUCACCUGGCACCCCGACUGCGUACCUCCAUUAAAAGGACACUCCAGGCACCCAGACCACUUCUGCCCAUUGGAGUGGCCUGGGUGCCAACUCCCACUACCCUUAACCCUGCAGGUGUAAUUAUUGCAGUUUUUAUACACUGCAAUAAUUACUUUGCAGGGUUAACUCCACCUCUAGUGGCUGUCUACUAGAUUAUCUGUACUAUAGCGUCGCUGGAUGUCCUCACGCUAUGUUAGGAACUCCAGCGUCGCUAAAAUCCCCAUAGGAAAGCAUUGAAAAGCAUUUUCAAUGCUUUUCUAUAGGGAGGUCUAAUGCGCGGGCGCGGCAUUGCCGCGCAUGCGCAUUAGGUCUCCCCCGCCAGUGGGCGUGAUCAGUCUCCCCCGCCGGCUGAUGUGAUGAAGAGGAGGAGCGUGGGUGGAGGAAGAAGCAGUGACGAGGGACCUCGUCGCUGCCUCUGGUAAGUCACUGAAGGGGUUUUCACCACUUCAGCAACCGGGGAUGGGAGGUGGGAGAGAGGGGACCUGCAGUGCCAGGAAAACAGAUUGUUUUCCUGGCACUGGAGAGUCCCUUUAAUGGAUGCUUCCUAGCUGACACAGAGGACCAUAGGCACCGCACCGGACACCGCAGACUCCACAACCACCAUAGUUUAACUGGAAUCUCGCCAUCUUCCUUCCACCCUGGAUCAACCUCUGACAUCCAUGGCCGUGUGGGAGAGACCUCUCCUCCAGGAGAGCUUAACAGGAACAGCUCUUAAAAGAGCUAAGUGAUUAGGACCCAGGGGAGUAUACAAAGUAUAGCAAUCCCAAGUGUGAUUAUAGCAGUUCCCAUCCAAUCACGAGACAAGACUACGUGUUGAGGGUCAAACAGGAACAGAAAGUUUAAUGGCACACACUGGUCUUUGAAAAUUGAGGUUAUUGGUUGAAGUCGAUUUUGCAUGUUGGACAACAGAACAUGUUUAGCUGUAUAGUAACAUUUUGAGUUCUUUAGAUGUAUGUAAAUCCACACAUUAUGUGAAUUGUAAGAUAUUAUUGAUAUGACUGAUUAUACAUGUGUAAAAAUGUCUAUUGCAAAAAUUAUUUGACUAUGUGCAGUUUUAUCUUGGUAGCCUUCCAUGUCAAGCACUAAUCGUAUUGUUACACAUGACCUACCUGUUAGUGUUAUUCCAAGAAGACUGUGGAAUGACUUUUCAGAACCCAGCAUUCCUAACUUUGAUGUAAGUUGUUCUUCUUUCUUUUUUUUUUUCUGUUAGAAUUGAUAUAUGCAUUAACCCCUUAAGGACUGAGCCAAAUGUACACGUUGUGAACGAAACAAAAUGUAAACAAAACCAGGCAUUUGCGCUACAUGUCUGUCCAACCGUAAUUCACCUCUUUCAUAGUAAAUGCACCCCCCCUUAUUAUAUAUCAUUUUAUUCAGGGGAAACAGGGCUUUCAUUUAAUAUCAAAUCUUUAGCUAUGAAACAUAAUUUAAUAUGAAAAAAAUGGGAGAAAAUAAGAAUGUUUUAAUUUUUUUUAGUUCUACAUGCCAUUUUAACUGUCAAUGUCAUAAUACUGUUUGCUUUUACUGCAAUAAAAUACACAUAUUUGUAUUCAGCAAAGUCUCACGUGUAAAACAGUUCCCCCUAUGUACAGGUUUUAUGGCGUUUUGGGAAGUUACAGGGUCAAAUAUAGCCCGUUACAUUUGAAAUUGAAAUUCGCCAGAUUGGUUAUGUUGCCUUUGAGACUGUAUAGUAGCCAGGAAUGAAAUUUACACCCAUAAUGGCAUACCAUUUGCAAUAGUAGACAACCCAAGGUAUUGCAAAUGGGGUAUAUCCAGUCUUUUUUAGUAGCCAUUUGGUCACAAACACUGGCCAAAGUUAGCGUUAGUAUUUGUUUGUGUGUGAAAAAUGCAAAAAAAUGCCAAUUUUGGCCAGUGUUUGUGACUAAGUGGCUACUAAAAAAGACUGGACAUACCCCGUUUGCAAUACCUUGGGUUGUCUACUAUUGCAAAUGGUAUGCCAUCAUAAGGGUAAUUUUCAUUCUCGGGCUACCAUAGGGUCUCAAAGGCACCGUAACCAAUCUGGCGAAUUUUAAUGUGAAAAAAAUGAAACGCAAGCCUUAUAUUUGACGUUGUAACUUUUGAAAACACCAUAAAAUCUGUACAUGAGGGGUACUGUUGUACUCGGGAGACUUCGCUGAACACAAAUAUUUGUGUUUCAAAACAGUCAAAAGUAUCACAGCAAUAAUAUCGUCCGUGUAAGUGCUGUUUGUGCAUGAAAAAUGCAAAAAAACUUCACUUUUACUGGCGAUAUCAUUGUUGUAAUACAUCUUACUGUUUUGAAACACUAAUAUUUGUGUUCAGCGUAGUCUCCCGAGUAGAACAGUACCCCCCAUGUACAGGUUUUAUAGUGUCUUGGAAAGUUAUAGGGUUAAAUAUAGUGCUAGCAAAUUAAAUUCCCUUUACUUUCGGCAUGGGUUGUCAGGCAGGUCCCGCUAAUUGUAAUUAAGAUACCUAAUUAUGUAAAAAUAUUACAUAAAUAUAUAUGUAGAAUUAAAAUAUAUGUGUGUGUGUGUAUGUAUAUGUGUGUGUGUGUAUAGUGAUAUAUACGUAUAUAUUUAUGUAUGUAGAUAUAUAUUAUUUCGUUCUACGUGUAUUUUGAUAUAAUAUAUAUAUAUAUUAAUAUCACAAUACAGUUAGAACGAAAUAACACACAUCUAUAUAUUUUUUAAUUUAUUUAAAUUAUUUUAAUUUUAUUUUUUAGCGUAUUUACAUAUUUAUUUUUUUUAUAUUCUAUAUAAAUAUAUAUAACAAUAAUUAUAUAUAUAUAUAUAUAUAUAUAUAUAUAUAUAUAUAUUUAAUCUGUAUCAGUCUACAUGUAAUUUGAUAUUAAAAUAUAUAUAUAAAUAUAUAAAUAGUAAAAUACACCUAGAGUGUAUGUAUGUGUGUAUAUAUAUACUUAGAUCAUAUAUAUAUAUAAUAUAUAUGAUCUAAGUAUAUAUUUAUUUUUUUACACUAAUAAAUUUUAUUUUAAUUUUAUUUUCAGGCAGCAGGGGGACCACCUGUCAUUAAUCAAUGCAGGAGGCAGCUACCCCCGGCCAUGUGAUUGUGGGGUCCUCGCAAGGACCCCACUCUCACAUGGCCGGGGGGCACCGGAG